AUGGCCAUCAUUUCCUUCACAAACGUCGCAAUAUCUUUGGCAGCUCUCUAUGUAGCCACCCGCAUCUACUACACUGCAACAACUGGCGCACAUCGCCGCGCCCUCUCCAAAAAGCACGGCUGCCUACCCGCACCCCAACGCCAAAACACGGUCUUCCCAUCCUUUCUCCCAACUUUCGGCCUCGACUUCAUAGUCAGCCGGUAUCGCAAUUUCAAAUCACACACUGUACUCCAGGCCUGGCCCGCUGCCAGGAGCGCAGCACACAGCCACACAAUUCACUUCACUCUCUUCGGCCUCAAAGACCUCUUCAUAACCGACGAACCAGAAAACGUGAAAUGCGAUGGCAGCGAGGUUGAUUUACAACCCUUGUUCCAUGAGUUGACGAUGGAUAUUGCGACGGAAUUCUUGUUUGGUCGCAGCAUGAAUAUGUUGGAUCGGACGGUGGAGAGAACGGAUGUGAGGGAGUUUGUGGAGGCAUUUGAGUAUGCAGGAGAUCCUAUGUUGAAUGAGAAUCAGGAGCGGUGGGGGUGGUUGGGACUUUUUAUGAAGGACGGGAAGAGGGAGAGGUGUAUUGAGUACAUGAACGAGUUCACGGAUAAGCUUAUCGAAGAGGAACUCGCUCUUCAUCAAGCCAACAGCAAAGACGAGAUGAAGGCAAAGAAGGAUGGUCGCUACAUAUUCCUCUACGAACUCUUCCUCGCCACCCAAGACAAGACGGUGAUACGUAGCGAACUACUCAACAUCCUUCUAGCAGGCCGCGACACAACCGCCGCACUCCUCUCCAACCUCCUAUGGGAACUAUCACGCCAGCCCGAAAUGCUUUCACGUCUCCGCCUAGAGAUUGCACAAAUCCUAUGUGACGACGAUGAUUACAGACCCCGUGUAUUAACAUACGAGGAACUCAAAUCCCUAAAGUACCUGCGCGCCCUGAUAAAUGAAUCCCAACGCCUCUACCCCAUUGUCCCAGCAAACAGCCGCUCAGCACACCACGACACCAUCCUGCCCCGCGGCGGCGGCCCAGAUGGAACGCAACCUUUGCUUGUUCCCAAGGGAAGUUACGUCAUGUAUCACUCAUGGGGUAUGCAUCGACGGACCGACAUCUUCGGUGAAGAUGCCGAUGUUUUCGAUCCUGAAAGAUGGCUGAAAGGGAAUCUAAGACUAGGUUGGGGCUAUAUACCGUUUAGUGGUGGUCCGAGAGUGUGUAUCGGACAAAAUUUUGCGCUGACUGAAGUCAUGUUUGUGGUUGUGCAGUUGGUGAGGCGGUUCGACUUGGUGCAGAAAGAUUUCGAGGCUUGGAGGGAGAAGUUGACAAUUAUUGCUGUGGGGGAUGGGGGGUGCAAGGUGGGGUUGUUGAAUAGGCGAAAGGGUACGUGA